GACUCUCCAGAAAUUGUAUUAUGUGGGUAGGCAACAAAACCUGCAGGGUUAAGUCCCGCGGAAGUACUUGAAUGCAUUUGUACAAGUCUAGUCCUCUAAUGCUCUCCAUCCAUUAAAUGCAUCAGUGAACCUGCACUGAAUAAAAGACGGUAAAGUGCUGUAACGAUUGUAUGUGUGCAGUGUCACGUGGUUAACGCGUCCUCCCCUUAAGAACUGGUUGAAACCGACAGAGAGCUGUUGGGGGUUCAGUUGCAGAUCUGCAGGGAGGGAUACAACACACACACACACGCACAGCUCCAGACACCACCCCCGGUAUGUCCACUAUCUGUGUGCUGAGGACUCGCUGCUUCCUCCGGCAGGUGCUCCCCGGCCUGCCCGCCGCCAUGCAGAGGAACUACAGCCUGGAUGUUUCCGCUCCCCUGCUCCGGACGCAGGGCUACGUGGACGGCCGCUGGGUCUCCGCAGCCUCGGUGUUCCCUGUCCUGGACCCGGCCACCGGGCAGGAGAUAGCCCGGGUGUCCGACUGUGGCCCGGCUGAAGCCAAGCAGGCUGUGGACGCUGCCUACAAGGCGUUUCACUCCUGGAAGCAGUACUCCGCUAAGGAGAGGAGCAUCCUGCUGAGGAAAUGGUUCGACCUGCUGACGCUGCACAAAGAAGACUUGGCUAAACUGAUCACAUUCGAAUGUGGUAAGCCCAUGCGGGAGUCUCUCGGGGAGAUCGCGUACUCCGCCUCCUUCCUGGAGUGGUUUUCGGAGGAGGCUCGGCGAGUGUACGGCGACAUCGUACCGUCACCCGCCAAAGACCGAAAGAUCCUCCUCCUCAAACAGCCGGUGGGCGUCGCCUCCAUCAUCACGCCGUGGAACUUCCCCAGCGCCAUGAUCACCAGGAAGGUGGGAGCUGCUCUGGCUGCCGGCUGCACAGUGGUGAUCAAACCGGCGGAGGACACGCCGCUGUCAGCGCUCGCUCUGGCUGAGCUGGCGGAGCAGGCGGGGAUCCCGGCGGGGGUGUUUAAUGUGGUUCCUUGCUCCAGGGAGAAGACUCCGUCGGUCGGGGAGGUUCUCUGCACCGACCCCCUGGUGGCCAAAAUCUCCUUCACUGGCUCCACUGCCACCGGCAAAGUGCUGCUGAGACUCGCCGCUGACACUGUGAAGAAGGCCUCCAUGGAGCUGGGUGGCCACGCCCCCUUCGUUGUGUUCGACAGCGCUGAUGUCGACCUGGCCGUGAGCGGAGCCAUGGCCUCCAAGUUCAGGAACUCUGGACAAACGUGUGUGUGCUCGAACCGGUUUCUGGUGCAGAGCGGCAUCUACGAGCGCUUCAUGGAGAAGCUGGGUAAAGCGAUGGACGCCGAGCUGCGCCUGGGUCACGGCUCAGAGCCCGACACCACCCAGGGCCCGCUCAUCAACACCAGAGCCGCUGACAAGGUGGCCCAUCAGAUAUCAGAUGCAGUGUCUCAGGGGGCGAAGGUACUGAGAGGCGGGAAGCGUCUGGAGGGGUCCUUCAUGGAGCCCACCCUGCUGGCCGACGUCACCACAGACAUGCUGUGCACGAAGGAGGAAACCUUCGGCCCGCUGCUGCCUGUCAUCAGGUUUAACACGGAGGCAGAAGCUCUGGCCAUCGCUAACGCGUCUAAUGUCGGGCUGGCAGGCUACUUUUACUCGCAGGAUGUGAGUCAGAUCUGGCGGGUGGCGGAGGCGUUGGAGGUGGGGAUAGUUGGAGUCAAUGAGGGCCUCCUGUCCACACCGGAGGCCACCUUCGGCGGGGUCAAACAGUCCGGUUUGGGCCGCGAGGGCUCCAAGUAUGGCAUCGACGAGUACCUGGAAGUCAAGUACAUGUGCUUUGGAGGCCUCAAACCCUGAAACAGAGGGGUUCAGCGGUACAACACACAAAUAAAGCAAUCAUGAAAGGUGGCUGUAACUGUAGAGCUCAGGUUUGAACUGAUUGAUUUUAAAUCAUUUAAAACAUUAACCAACACAAAAUAACCUUUAAAUUAGAGUCUGGGUGGCCAAGGUUUAGUGUUCAAACUUUUAUGGACUGCCCUUAAAAAUACCCCAAAUCUAUAGUAGAGUUGUUUUUUUUAAUGCUGCUAAUUAAUUUAGCAGCAUUAAAUUUUUUGUGACGUUUUUUUUAUUGUUUCAUCUGACAUCCAUAUGAUUGUCAGUUUCGUUUAGUUUAUGUAAAGAAGUAAAAACCGCUUUGAUCCUGAGCUUCUGGAUGAUUUCUCUUUAGAAGAGGCCGUGUUUUGAUUGGACAGGUCAGAAAGUGAAACAGGGUCCUCUUAAUUUGGAUAAAACAAGCUGCAUGGGACUGCAGUGUUUUGUUUUGUUUUUUUUGCCUAGAUCACCAUUACCUACUGAUGGCCUCAGUGGUCGCUCUGCUCUGGGGUUAGCUGGGCUUGUUAUUCCAGAGCUGCUCAUGGUUGUUUGCAUGUCCGUGUCGUCACAUUCUGUAGGCUCAGACUGCUCUUGUCUAACUGUUGUUCAAGCUUUACUUGAGAUUAGAUGUUCUAGAAAUCACCAAAUGUCCGUAAGUGCUCAUUGUACAACAGAAAGAUAGCUAGCUGAGUCACUGCACAAGAGAGGGGGAACUCGCAUCUAACGUUGCACAUCACAACGUGUCAUGUCACAUGACUGCUAAAAAAUGAAUUUAUUACAAAAUUAACAUAAUAGAACACGUAGAAAAUGUAGAUUUACCAUCAAAAUCUUUAGUAAGUUUUGAAACAGUGGGUCCUUUUAUUUCACAGAAGUAGAUAGAAAAAGAUUUUGCCAUUUUACUUACGGAGCUAACGAUUAGCUAGCUAGCCAUUUUGCUAAAAUGACAGAUGUUGCUGGCGGAUAGUAGCUAGCUAAUCGUCAGCUCCAUAAGUUUGUGGAAAAUGCCGUCUCUGGCUGCCUUCUUGAUCACUGUCUCCCAAAGUUUUGUCCCAACCAACAGUCCAACAACCCAAAGAUAUUCAGUUUACUGCCAUAGAGGACUAAAGAAACCUGAAAAUAUUCACAUUUAAGAAGCAGGAACCAGAGAAUUUGGGGUCCUUGAUUUCACAGAAGUAGAUACAAAGAGAUUUUUGUCAUUUCACUUAUGGAGCUACUGAUUAGCUAGCUAGCUAUUUUGCUAUAAUGACAAAAUUUGCCGGCAGAUAGUAACUAGCUAAUCACUAGCUCCAUGUGUUGGUGGGAAAUUCUGUCUCUGGCUAACUUGCAUAUAAAUUAGCCCUGGCAAAAGGGGUCUUCAAUAUGCAUUUACUGACUACAUAAAUGAUAUCAUGCUGUGGAGGCUAAAGCUAACAGGUCCCAGGUUAAAAGUCAUCCCCACUAGUUGAUCCAUUUAGAAGACAUGCAAAUAAACAGCGACUUUUUCUUUCCUACAUUACACCAUUGAAAUGUUAACAAGAACUAAUAAGUUAGUUGGACAAAAAAACACAGUGGUUAGAUUUAUGCUUUAUUGUGUUUCAAACAAUUUGUUCCACUUUUACUUGAGGAAAAGAUUUAAGGAUGACGGCUACAUGAUGAGUUUGGCAAAACAUCUCAGGCAAACUUCCCCAAAUCCAAUAAAGAGCAAGACAGAGCAACUAACAUUAGCUUAAACCAGGACUGGCUUCCACACAGUGGAUGUUCCAGUCCUGAAUGGGGCUUUUUUGACGUAAAAUAAUUUUAGUGGCUUACAUUAGAGCAAACAAACACUCUUUAAUUCAUUAGUUACAGUUGUGCUCUUAUAUUUUUGGUCCAAACAGAAUAUCUUUCUUAUAGAGCCUGCUGCUAGUAAUGGUCACUAUUCUGAGGAAGGGUUUAGCAAACUGUCUGAGUUGUGAAGUGUGAGGAGUGUUUUUUCUCAUUCUGUAUUCUUAUUGCUAAAUUUUCUUUAACGAUCUAAAUGUUACUGAAACUCAGGACUCUCCUGGAUACUGUAACAAUCCUAUAUGUUUAUAUUCUGACCACUAGCUUACAUUAUUUCAACUUCGUUUCUGAGAAACCUAUUGUCAAUCAUUUUGGAGGACGGCUAAGAAUACUAGAAUAGCCAUGAGCCGCAGCCGCUGUUGCUAUGGAGAAGUCGUGCACACGAAUCGGAGUGUAAUGAGUUCAAAACAUUUGGUUGCUGGAGUUGUAAACAAAACAUUUUGCUAUAGUUACUGAAUUCACUCAAAAGUGACCCAGAAAUUAAAAGUUAACCGAUUCACGCCGUAGAUUGUAAAAACAUUUUUCUCAACAUGAUAAUCUUUAGCUUCUUCCCGCCAUUAGCAGAGCAUGUGGCUCUGUGAUUGGCUGUUUCUUGCUGAAAUGCACCUUAAGAGUCGUAGUUAACUUCUACCCCAAGAUGUUUAUGUAUAAAGUCUUGUAGCUUCAACUUUUUGCUAAAGAACCAGAUAUUUUUUAACGCAGUUGUUCAUUUAACCAAGAGAGUUUAAUGCUGAUCCGAGCCAUAGAGGAAUUCAAACUGUGAGUCACGUAACAUUGUUUAUAGGAAAAAUUAAGGGAUUUUUACUUCCAGAACCAGGGGCACCCGACUCUAUAAUGAACAAUGUCCAGCCAAUCAGAAUGCAGUAUUUCUCUGAGUUGACCAUGAUUUCUUUCAUCUUUUUAUGAGGCUCAUCUCUUACUGAAACAUCUAAUUGGACUUUUAUUCUUUUUCCACUCAUGGUAGGAGUCUUGAAAGUAAACUUGCUUCAGUAGCACAAAAGAUUUUUGAUUUAAAAUCGAAAAAAUAAGCUGCCAAGCUGCAAACCUGGUGUGGUAGAGAAGGGAAACUGCAGAUUUACUGUGAUAAAGCGAAUUAAAAUGCACAAAAGCUUUUUCUAGAUCUUUUGUAAAGUUGUGUUUUUGUAUUGAACAUCCUGUAGUGGGACUAUUAAUGUAAAAAAAAAUAUACAGCUAAAAUACAUUUGCUGACAUAAUUGAACAUACUGUAGGGACACAUGUUCAAAUUGGGUCUAAAGAUAACAAAGCAUUACAUGUUGGUCAUUUUAAAUUCUAUAAAGCAUAUGCCAUUCAUAAAACUGUGUACGAACCAUUAGCUUUACACACAGUUCAAUAACAUCUGUAAGUGAUCAAUAUUAGUAAUGUUUUAAUAAAUACACAAAUAAAAUAGAAAUAAAUUAAAUUUCAAAAAUAUAAAUGUUGAAUACAUGGUCUUAGUUUGGUUUGGACAUGUAUGCAUGCACCUAAUAUUCUGGAAGAAAUAAAUGUCAAGUGUAUUUUCUGUAUAGAGAUAAAGUAAUAAAGACCAUUUCAAAGAUGUCAUUAAUUAUUGUAAUAUAGUAGUUCAAUAAAAACCUUAAUGUGUAGAUUGAUGUGAAUUUCUAAUCCUGGGCAGGUUUGUGUUGAAAAACUAAUACCUGAUACCUGAAAACAGAAAAAACCUUGGUUGCCAUGUCGUCUCCUAAGUGCCAUGUGAUUGAUUAUUCUUACAGUGUUGAACAAUAGUCCUGUGUUUUUGGGGUAAUUUAGGUUUAUUAAGUAAUCUAGUUUUCAGCAGCUGAGUAGCACAAAUUACAGUCAUGAUGACUGAGCUAAGCCCCGUUCUUUGUAAGUAAGGUUUGAUUUGAAACGAGCCAGGAGUUUAAAAUCUAUCUGGAACGGGCCCAGAUGUCCUCCUACAGAAGCCUAAUAAAGUAAUAUUUUUCUACAGUUGAGCCCCAAAUUUGCUAAUUAGAGCAAAGUGUUCAACAUAAAUAUCUAUUUAAGAGAUGAUUAUACAACAGUAAAUAAUAUCCAUGAAUAUUAUGACAUAAUACGCCAUCCCCUGUUGUUCAGUACUGACAGUUUAUGAUCUUUGGGUUUGUACAGCAGAUUGUGCUUUUAAUACAAAGUGUAAUUGAUGUUAAUUGUAAUAUACUCUGUUGUAGUCAUAGUUGAUGUAAAAAUAUCUUACUUUUGUAUUACUGACUAUGGAUAUUAAUGGAAAAUAAAGAGGAAAUUAUAAUAAG